AUGACAACACGACCAGACACACCUGAAGAUUUGAUUGACUGGCUCAAAGGCACUCUCCAAGCAAGCUACAGCUUUAACUUGCAAUACCAAGAUCCUGAAUUUAACAAUGAACUGUGUAACCUCACCGAUCUGUCUGAACUCCCUGAGAAACCAACUAUCAAAAUCAUUCCAGUGAUUGAACUUGUACCAGUCCAUGAAACAUGUAGUGACACAAGCAGCCAGGCAGACACAGAUAUCCUGUCCAUCUCCUCUUCAGACAGAAGUUCUCAGUCGCCAGAUGUAUUUGAAAUCCCCAAAUUUCCAGUUGAUGUCGAAUAUAGACUACGUCAAGGUAACCUGCUGUAUCUCAGGGAUGCCACCUAUCUGAAAGUGACAAAAGAACUGAAACAUGAAAUCCUCGAAAAACUGGCAGAGACAAUGUAUGCAUAUAAAGCAUACCCAACAAACGAAGAGUUUGAAACUGUUGCAAAAGCUUUAGUGCAAACACAUCCAUGCCUUAAAGAAACCGGGUCGCCCUCUGGCUGGGUUGGAUGGAAGAACAGUCUCAAGUUCAAGAUGGGUAAUUAUAGAACCAAAAUGCGCCAGUGCGGUCGACUUGAUGUCACUGUCAAUGGUGGUAAACGCGGAAGGCACUCUACAAGUGGCGACCCUCCCAACAAAGACAUCAAGAAGCCAAGGAAAGGGGAAAUAAAUUUCCUGCCUGAUUUUCCUGAGGGGAAGGAGGAACACAACCUGGAGGAAGCUCGUCAGGUUCUGGUCAAUGAAAUGAUGAAGAAAAAGCCGAAUGGGUCCCUGGUUAAUAAAGAGAUGGAUAUGACAUUUGCUCUUCGCAGAAAGGAAGUUGUCCAAGACAAGCCUGCCAUCAGCCAGAUGGUACAUAGUUGGCCUGCUCUUUUCACAGAAAGUCAGGUUUAUUAUGAGUUCAGCAGAGUGGUGGGGAAAAAUCUCAGAGAAAACUUCUUUGAUGCACUGGACCGUUUCUCUCCAAGUCUGAUGGACCUCUUCAAGAACAAGAGAGGCCUUACUGGUCAAGUUUUGGCUGAGCUUUUACGUCACACAAAGACAACUGAGCCAACAGACAUUGAAUGUCUUUGCCUUCGAGGGCUUCCAGUCGUCUUGGGGGAUGAUCCUUCUUCUUCAAAACAUGCUCUGAUGCAACUGACCAGGACUCAUACAUUCAAACUCCAGUGGGACUCCUUUGUAUUGAUGAAGAAAGCCCACAGCUGA